CAGUGCAACAACCUCCCUCUCUUUCUCUUUCUCACACUCUCUCUCACUCACUCACUCACUCACAGCUGCAGAGAGAAGCAGCGCAACACACCAGAGUGGAUCCGCCGUACAGCAGCAGCACACAGCGCGAUGGUGCGCCUCAAGACCGCGUCGCGCAACUUAACUGCGUUUCAACACGCAAUCAAACUUACGGACUUGUGAGGCAAAUCAGUUCAAUUGUUCAGACCUGAACUAAGCAAAAUGGACAGCAAACUAUUUCUAGGACCCUAAACCAACACCGCAGCGAAUGAGCUCAUGGUGAUCUCCACAGAAGGGACCAAAGACGCGCCAAGCACGGUCACCUUCGCUGUUGAGGAGACUUGCGAGAAGAUCCCAAGAGCAGCACUGACACGUCCCUGGCCAGCAGUAACGAGCGAACCGGAUCCUGCAGAUCAAUGAAGAAUGCGCGAGCGCACGCACAGUCGAUGAAGCCGGCGGCUGGAUCAUGCGUGUUCUGCCCGAGCCGAGCGCGCAGUCACUGCGGCUGGUGUUUCUCUUCGUCUUCGUUAUGGAUGUAGCGCCGUCCCCGGCUCUGACCGCUGGCUGCCCUGACCGCUGCGUGUGCGACGACCAGCUGGUGGUCCAGUGCGCCGGGCAACAGUUAAGCGACUUCCCCGUGGACCUCCCGCUGGCCACCCGGCAGCUGAUCAUCUCCAAUAACCGGAUCGGCGACCUGCCGGCGCUGCAGCUCAACUACCUGUCGGACCUGGUGUACCUGGACUGCAGCAACAACUCGUUGACGGAGAUCUCCGAAUCUACUUUUGGCAACCUGCGCAAGCUCGCCUACCUGGAUCUGUCUUUCAACAGCCUGACGCAGAUCGAGGACCGGACGUUUGGCCCGCUGGCCAGCCUGGUGAUGCUGAGGAUGACGGAUAACCCGGGGCUGUCGGAGAUCCACGCGGACGCGUUCGCGGAGAACGCGGCGCUGCAGGUGCUGGACGUGAGCCGCAACAACCUGACGGUGCUCAACAUCAGCUCUCUGAUCGCGCUGCCGGCGCUGCGCUCGCUGGGGCUCAGCGGGAACCCCUGGAGGUGCGACUGCGACACGGAGGACCUGUGUCUCUGGAUCCAGAUAGAGGGCUUCAAGUUCCAAGAUGAGGGGCAGACGGUGUGCCAGGGGCCACCGGACAUGCUGGGUCAGCGCCUGGCGGAGGUGGGCAUGCAGCUGCGAUCGGAAUGCCACCAGGGACUGGGUUACUGGGACUACCUGUUCUUCAUCGCCAUCGGCUUCGUCAUCUUCAGCGCCGGGACGGUGUCGGCGUGGGUGAUGGGCGUGCUCAUGGUCCUGUACGAGCGCUACAGCAAAAGGAAGAGCGAAGAGUUCGACAGCGAGGACGAGGAGGAGACAGUCACCCGAGGGGCAGGAAGUGGAGGAGGAGGAGGAGGAGGAGGAGGGGGUAACCAUGGCAAUGGGGACCUGAGCAAACCAGGCAUGCAGGUGUGACCAGAGGACAGAGGGACGCUGGGAAAUCUUUGAUGAACAGACAGCAAGCUGCGGACAGAGCGAAGGAGUUUUCUUUUCUAUAAAGAGGUUUAAAGUGCACUUUUUUAGAAUGUGUCAACAUUAGUUUUAGAUUAAGAGAUGAGCAGGGCAGGACAGACAGAUUAGAUGUAUUUCUAUUCUUAUAGGUGGACUCAGACAGAGAGACAGUUGAGAGGGUAACAGUGACCUUUCAGCUGAAAAAGAUCGCUGUUUCUGACAGAUCUGAGGGUUGGUCUUGGUUAAAAGCAUAGAAAUAAUGCUCACACACACACAACGCUCUCCCCAGUGUUAGUAAUGUAAUUGGGGCAGGGUGACAACACUGUGUUUCACAUUUAAGGGAAAGACUGCGAGAAGAAAGGAAAAGGGAAAAAGACAGAUAGGUAGAGAGGCUUGAAGAUUUAUCCAAUAACCUAUCUCAGCUUUUAUUUACUAGCUCGGUCAAAGGAAUAAAAUUGGAAGAUAUACAAGGCAGUCUCUCCAGACUCAUGCAGUGUGAAAUGAACGAAUAGAAGACGGAAGACUCUUCUAAACUGUCUGCACAGCUCCAUGGAAGGCUGAAAAUGCUUUUUAAGGGGUCACAGACUGACUGACUGCUCAAAUGAUGGACUGAUAACAUUUUAUUGCAGGGCUUUACAAUAAGGAUUUUUUCUGCUUGCCCUAUCAGGCUAGUAAUUUUCACCCUGACGAAUAUUAUAUAAAUGUUGAUGAACAAUAAUUAUAUGGGCCAAUACAAUAAAUAUUAUAAUAUACAAUCUAAAUUAUAAUAUCAGAAUUUUAAUAUAAAUUUUUAAAAAUAUAAAUUUUUAUCGUCAAAACACAAAUUUGGGUUGGGUCAGUAUUUGUUUUUUAAAUUAAUACCAAUAUUCAGAAAGGAUGCAUUAAAUUGAUCAAAAAUAAAAAUUACGAUUUUUACAAGAAUAUUAAGUAGCACAACUGUUUUCAACACUGAAAAUAUUAUUAAUAAUAAUAAAAAUAACAUUGAUUAAUAUGAAUGUUUCUUGAGCACCAAAUCAGCACAUUAAAAUGAUUUUUGAAGAACCAUGUGACACUGAAGACUGAAGUAAUGGCUGCUGAAAAUUUGCUUUGCCAUCACAGGAAUAAAUUGCAUUUUAAAAUAUAGUAAAUAUUAAAAAACCAAUGUUCAAGUUUGCAAGCCAUAAAACCACACAUAGAUGAUUAAUGAAUGCACUGGCCCAACAGGGCAAGUGAACUGGCCGUCAGAACGGGCCAUCAGACCAUCCUUGUUGUUGAGCCCUGUAUUGGAAGGGACAUUAUUGAUCUCAGUAAGACUGUAUGCACUGCACCGAAAAGCCUUACACACAAGAUGUAACCAGUCCAGCAAUAACACCUCCAGGUGAUACUGAGAGCAAUAGAAGGAAACGUGUGAGUGAGUGUGUGUGUGUGUGUGUGUGUGUGUGUGUGAGAGUGUGUGGCUCAUCGCAGAAAAACUGCUAUAGGUGGGGAAGAAUAAAAUAUGUCAGCAUUCUGUAAUUUUGGCAAGGCUUUAAUUUUUUUUAAUCAAAUGUGAUUCCACCCGUGGCUACCACAUCAUGCCACUCAAGGGCAGAGCUAAAGUGACCCCUCUCUCUUCACACUGCACCAUCAGCACUGGAGGGAAUUGUUCCCGCUGAGAGUGUUGUUUUAGUUUGCGUUUUUAACGCAAUUCCAUAAAGAAAUUAUGAUAAUGGCACAUUCAAAAAAUGGUUUGUUAUGAAUUCAGCACAAUUCCUUAUCUUCUAGGUUGUUGGGGAUUCAGCAGACUACUACAAUCUGGCAUACUUUGCUCUGCAGCAUUACUACUGCAAUCCAGACACCUGAAUUGGCUCUUUAAAAUACUGACAGUGCUCUCUUCUGCACAGCAUGUCUGUAUCUAUAGCUAUCCUCCAUUAUUUGACCAUCACUGGGUGAAUUACUGCUGCCAUAAUAAUUAGAAAAUGUUCACAAACAUCUUGUUUGAACUAAAUUGGUUUCAGACAGCUGCAAUGGCAAAACGUUAAUUUCUCCAGGCAAAUGGCAGCAUCUUUUGUGACUUCUUUAUGGUUGAGCACUAUACCAACAAAGCUAGCACCUGGUGAGAUGCUGGAUUGUUGGUGAUUAGUGAAAAAGGAGCAGUUUCACUCCUGAAUUACCACAUACAAAAGGUGACACAACUCUUUUAGCAAAUUCGCCCACCUGUCUUAGCAUGUUUUAUCCCUAUAUUCAACCUCUGAAAGAGAUGUGUAGAGCAGGCACGUCCUCUCAUCUCUGGAGUUUUUAGCAGAGAGGGAAAGCUGAUUUUGGGGUGUUGUGUGAUUGAGGGUUGCUAAAUCCAUCUGUAACGGGUUAAAGAGCUUAAGGGAAUAAUGCUUGUGGCCUUGGCUGCUCUCAAAAAUAUCUUAGCUGCUGCUUUUAAAAAUCGAUAUAUUCUAUAGCUAAUAUUCUGUUGACUUCUUGUUCUCCAUUUUCCUUGGAGCUGCAGUGGGUAAUUUCCGUACAACUAGUGGCACCCAACAGAAUUAUGACCUUUUCCAAACAGGUUUCCCAGACACUCUUGUCUACAGAGCCCCUGAAGCAAAAUGGUGAUUGUAAAAAGAAAUUAUAUUUCAAUGCAAGAGAAUGAAAAUAUGAAUCAUAUUUCAAUGCGAAAGAACACAAAAGUUUUUAGAAUGUUUCCUUCCAACUCAUUUUGUUUUCCAUCACUACAUCCCUCUUAGGGGUUCCGUUCCCAUUUGUCAUUGGUCAGUCAAACAGAUAGUUCCGCCCCAAACUAACACCAUUGGUUGAGUCAGUGUU